GUCAGAUGAAACUCUCCCUCCUGUUGCUGUUAAGUUGUGUUGUGCACAGGACUGUUGCACAACAGAAUCCGUUUACACAACAACAACAGAACUUUCUUACUGUACAACAGCAGCAGCAGCUGUUGUUGCAGCAACAAAGAUUGCAGCAGCAGCAACAACAACAGCAGCAGCAACAACAGCAGGGGAUGAGUGGGAUCUCCAUGCAGCCGGCACCAGCGGCACCAUGUCAGCGCGACGGACAAUUUGUCAAGGAUAUGAACAACCACUGCAUAUUUUACAAAUGUACUCUCGGUUUGGGAGGAUUUGAGGCCAACGCCAUGUCCUGUGCCCGUGGUACGGGUGUACCUGAUGAGUACGGGAGAAGCGACCAAUAUCCAGAUACACAGAACCCAUGUACCCUUCUUUCAGAUGGGCGUGGAGCUCAAUGCGGGGAACAGACCAGACAACUUGCACUCCAACUGAACCAACAACGCCGUCUAGGCUCAGUCCAGCAGAACCAAUUGAACCAGAAUCAAUUCAACCAGAAUCAGUUUGGACAAAAUCAAGGUAUCGGUCAACAAGGACAAAUUUAUAAUGCAAACGGGCAGCUGAUAAGUGGCAGUCAGACAUGUUCCGGGGGACAAAUUUAUACAACCUGUGGUUCGCCAUGUACCAGAACAUGUGCCUCUCCCAGCCAGCAGUGCAACCUGGGAAAUCAGUGUGUAGCACGUUGUCAGUGUCCACCUUCCGCCCCAUUCUUUCACCAAAACAGGUGCAUUUCACAAUGUCCAUCAGGUUCCUCUGGAAGCAUCGCUGGAAUUAACACCGGUAUAAACAAUCUUGGGUCAGGUACAAGAUGUAGCGGUGGUCAGGUGUUCACUCGCUGUGGGUCAGCAUGCAUUCGCACGUGUGACAACCCAAACCCCAAGUGCACGGGCCAGUGUGUACAGCGAUGUCAGUGUCCAUUCAGUAAACCAGUAAUUCACAAUGGACAAUGCAUCCAAGCGUACCAGUGUCCAAGUAGAAUCCGUUGGAUCUCAUCUCAGAACAGCGGCUCCGUAUUUUGCAGUGGAGGACAGAUAUACACGCAGUGUGGGUCUGCCUGCACUGCCACCUGCAUAAACAGGCGACCUCGAUGCACUCAAUCAUGCGUCCCACGCUGUCAGUGUCCAUCGUAUCGUCCUAUCAAUUAUAACGGAUUGUGCAUCCAGGAAAAUCAGUGUCCGCCUGGUUCUUCUGGUACGGGAGGAAUCAUCUAUUCAUGUACUGGCGGACAGACCUACCAGCAGUGUGCUUCUCAGUGCUCAUCUACAUGCUACCAACCCAAUAUUGGCGUGCCGUGCACUUUGCCAUGCCGCGCUGGAUGUGCUUGUCCCGCUGAUAAACCUUAUUGGCAUAAUAACCAAUGUUACUCUCAGAUACAAUGUAUCACCUUUGCCCGUGCCAGUGCCACACUUUUCUCUGGAGCCAGUGGAGUGUCAAACACAGGUGGCGUUUCAACCCAGUCUUGCACUGGUGGACAGACCUACCAGCAGUGUGCUUCUCAGUGUUCAUCUACAUGCUUCCAGCCAAACAUUGGCGUACCGUGUAAUUUGGCAUGUCGUGCUGGAUGUGCUUGUCCAUCUGAUAAACCAUAUUGGCAUAAUAACCAAUGUUACUCUCAGAUACAAUGUAUAAACUUCGCGGGAGCAAGUGCUACACUUUUCUCUGGAUCUAGCGGAGCUUCAAACACAGGUGGCGUUAGUGGUGGUUCAACCCAGGCUUGCACUGGUGGACAGACUUACCAGCAGUGUGCUUCUCAAUGUUCAUCUACAUGCUACCAACCAAACAUUGGCGUGCCGUGUAAUAGGGCGUGUCGUGCUGGAUGUGCUUGUCCAUCUGAUAAACCAUAUUGGCAUAAUAACCAAUGUUACUCUCAGAUACAGUGUAUCACCUUUGCCGGUGCUAGUGCUACGCUUUUCUCUGGGGCCAGUGGAGUUUCAAAUACAGGUGGUGUUAGUGGUGAUUCAUCACAGUCUUGCACUGGUGGACAGACCUACCAGCAGUGUGCUUCUCAAUGCUCAUCCACAUGCUACCAACCAAACAUUGGCGUACCGUGUAAUUUGGCGUGUCGUGCUGGAUGCGCUUGUCCAUCUGAUAAACCUUAUUGGCAUAAUAACCAAUGUUACUCUCAGAUACAGUGUAUAAACUUUGCUGGUGCCAGUGCUACACUUUUCUCUGGAUCUAGCGGAGCUUCAAACACAGGUGGCAUUAGUGGUGGUUCAACCCAGGCAUGCACUGGCGGACAGACCUACCAGCAGUGUGCUUCUCAAUGCUCAUCUACAUGCUACCAACCAAACAUUGGUGUACCGUGCAAUUUGGCGUGUCGCGCUGGAUGCGCUUGCCCAUCUGAUAAACCAUAUUGGCAUAAUAACCAAUGUUACUCCCAGACUCAGUGUAUCAAUUUUGCUGGUGCCAGUGCUACGCUUUUCGCUGGAGCCAGUGGAGUUUCAAAUACAGUUUGCAGCGGAGGGCAAACUUUCACGCAGUGCCUGUCAAAGUGCGAUGUGAAAACGUGUUACAACAUUAACCAGAACCAAAACUGCAACAAUUUCGCCCCAUGUCGGUCUGGAUGUGAAUGUCCCAGCACAAAGCCUUACCUCCACAACGGACAAUGCCGAACCCUGAUGGAGUGCCAGAUGACCCUUAGUGGUAGUGGCGGCAGCCAAACUUGCACUGGCGGACAGACCUACCAGCAGUGUGCUUCUCAAUGCUCAUCUACAUGCUUCCAACCAAACAUUGGCGUACCGUGUACUUUGCCGUGCCGCGCAGGAUGUGCUUGUCCAUCUGAUAAACCUUAUCGGCAUAAUAACCAAUGUUACUCUCAGACUCAGUGUAUCAAUUUUGCUGGUGCCAGUGCGUCGCUUUUCUCUGGAGCCACUGGAGUUUCAAACACAGGUGGCGUUAGUGGCGGUUCUAGUCAGACUUGCACUGGCGGACAGACCUACCAGCAGUGUGCUUCUCAGUGCUCAUCUACAUGCUACCAACCAAAUAUUGGCGUACCGUGUAAUCUGGCUUGUCGCGCUGGAUGCGCAUGUCCAUCUGAUAAACCUUAUUGGCAUAAUAACCAAUGUUACUCUCAGAUACAGUGUAUCACCUUUGCUGGUGCCAGUGCUACGCUUUUCUCUGGUGCCAGAGAUGUUUCAAACACAGGUGGUGUUAGUGGCGGUUCUAGCCAGUCUUGCACUGGCGGACAGACCUACCAGCAGUGUGCUUCUCAAUGCUCAUCUACAUGCUACCAACCAAACAUUGGCGUACCGUGUAAUUUGGCGUGUCGCACUGGAUGCGCUUGUCCAUCUGAUAAACCUUAUUGGCAUAAUAACCAAUGUUACUCUCAGGAACAGUGUAUUAGCUUCGCUGGUGCCAGUGCUGCGCUUUUCUCUGGUGCCAGUGGUGUUUCAAACACAGGUGGCGUUAGUGGCGGUUCUAGCCAGACUUGCACUGGCGGACAGACCUACCAGCAGUGUGCUUCUCAAUGCUCAUCCACAUGCUACCAACCAAACAUAGGCUUACCAUGUAAUUUGGCGUGUCGCGCUGGAUGCGCCUGUCCAUCUGAUAAACCAUAUUGGCAUAAUAACCAAUGUUACUCUCAGGAACAGUGUAUCAGCUUCGCUGGUGCCAGUGCUUCGCUUUUCUCUGGUGCCAGUGGUGUUUCAAACACAGGUGGCGUUAGUGGCGGUGCUAGCCAGACGUGCACUGGUGGACAGAUCUACCAGCAGUGUGCUUCUCAAUGCUCAUCUACAUGCUACCAACCAAACAUAGGUGUACCGUGUAAUUUGGCGUGUCGCGCUGGAUGCGCCUGUCCAUCUGAUAAACCUUAUUGGCAUAAUAACCAAUGUUACUCUCAGAUACAGUGUAUCAAUUUUGCUGGUGCCAGUGCUGCGCUUUUCUCUGGUGCCAGUGGUGUUUCAAACACAGGUGGCGUUAGUGGCGGUUCUAGCCAGACUUGCACUGGCGGACAGACCUACCAGCAGUGUGCUUCUCAAUGCACAUCUACAUGCUACCAACCAAAUAUUGGCGUACCGUGUAAUAGGGCGUGUCGCGCUGGUUGCGCUUGUCCAUCUGAUAAACCUUACCGGCAUAAUAACCAAUGUUACUCUCAGGAACAGUGUAUCAGCUUUGCUGGUGCCAGUGUUACGCUUUUCUCUGGUGCCAGUGGUGUUUCAAACACAGGUGGUGUUAGUGGUGAUUCCACCCAGUCUUGCACUGGUGGCCAGACCUACCAGCAGUGUGCUUCUCAGUGUUCAUCUACAUGCUUGCAACCAAACAUUGGCGUACCGUGUAAUCGGGCGUGUCGUGCUGGAUGCGCUUGUCCCGCUGAUAAACCGUAUUGGCAUAAUAACCAAUGUUACUCUCAGACUCAGUGUAUCAAUUUUGCUGGUGCCAGUGCUACGCUUUUCUCUGGAGCUAGUGGUGUUUCAAACGCAGGUGGCGUUAGUGGCGGUUCAACCCAGUCAUGUUCCGGUGGACAAAUUUACAGUAACUGCGCAUCUCAAUGUCCAAAUACAUGUUUCGAACUCAGACGCACGUGUAAUAACCUCCCCUGUCAACCAGGCUGUGUCUGUCCGUCUCACAGGCCCUACCUACACAAUGGCCAGUGUCACGACCUGAACCAAUGCAGUCAAAUAAAUGGAGGUAUUACCAGCACUGGAUCCAAUGCUGGCGCAACUGCAGGACAGUUUUGCAGCGGAGGUCAAACGUUCACGCAGUGCCUGUCAAAGUGCGAUGUGAAAACGUGUUACAACAUUAACCAGAACCAAAACUGCAACAAUUUUGCCCCAUGUCGAUCUGGAUGUGAAUGUCCCAGCACAAAGCCUUACCUCCACAACGGACAAUGUCGAACCCUGAUGGAGUGCCAGAUGACCCUUAGUGGAAGUGGCGUCAGCCAAACUUGCACUGGCGGACAGACCUACCAGCAGUGUGCUUCUCAAUGCUCAUCCACAUGCUACCAACCAAACAUUGGCGUACCGUGUACAAGACAAUGCCGAGCUGGAUGCGCUUGUCCAUCUGAUAAACCUUAUUGGCAUAAUAACCAAUGUUACUCUCAGGAACAGUGUAUCAAUUUUGCUGGUGCCAGUGUCACGCUUUUCUCUGGAGCUAGUGGUGUUUCAACUCAGUCAUGCACUGGCGGACAGAUCUACCAGCAGUGUGCUUCUCAAUGCUCAUCCACAUGCUUGCAACCAAACAUUGGCGUACCGUGUAAUUUGGCGUGUCGUGCUGGAUGUGCUUGUCCAUCUGAUAAACCUUAUUGGCAUAAUAACCAGUGUUACUCUCGGGAACAGUGUAUCAAUUUUGCUGGUGCCAGUGCUGCACUUUUCUCUGGAGCUAGUGGUGUUUCAACUCCGUCAUGCACUGGCGGACAGAUCUACCAGCAGUGUGCUUCUCAAUGCUCAUCCACAUGCUUGCAACCAAACAUUGGCGUACCGUGUAAUUUGGCGUGUCGUGCUGGAUGUGCUUGUCCAUCUGAUAAACCUUAUUGGCAUAAUAACCAGUGUUACUCUCGGGAACAGUGUAUAAAUUUUGCUGGUGCUAGUGCUACACUUUUCUCUGGAGCUAGUGAUGUUUCAACUCAGUCAUGUACUGGCGGACAGACCUACCAGCAGUGUGCUUCUCAGUGCUCAUCUACAUGCUACCAACCAAACAUAGGCGUACCAUGUAAUUUGGCGUGUCGCGCUGGAUGCGCCUGUCCAUCUGAUAAACCAUAUUGGCAUAAUAACCAAUGUUACUCUCAGGAACAGUGUAUCAACUUUGCUGGCGCCAGUGCUACACUUUUUACUGUAUCCAGCGGAGUUUUAAAUAAUGGUGGCGCAAGUGGUAUUUCAACCCAGUCUUGCACUGGCGGACAGAUCUACCAGCAGUGUGCUUCUCAAUGCUCAUCCACAUGCUUGCAACCCAAUAUUGGCGUACCGUGUAAUUUGGCGUGUCGCGCUGGAUGCGCUUGUCCCGCUGAUAAACCGUACUGGCAUAAUAACCAAUGUUACUCUCAGAUACAGUGUAUCAAUUUUGCUGGUGCCAGUGCCACGCUUUUCUCUGGAGCAGGUGGUGUUUCAAACACAGGUGGUGUUAGUGGCGCUUCCACCCAGUCUUGCAGUGGAGGUCAAACGUUCACGCAGUGCCUGUCAAAGUGCGAUGUGAAAACGUGUUACAACAUUAACCAGAACCAAAACUGCAACAAUUUCGCCCCAUGUCGAUCUGGAUGUGAAUGUCCCAGCACAAAGCCUUAUCUCCACAACGGACAAUGUCGAACCCUGAUGGAGUGCCAGAUGACCCUUAGUGGAAGUGGCGUCAGCCAGCAAUGCUCCGGUGGGCAAGUCUACAGUACCUGUUCAUCUGGCUGUACUCGCACAUGUUACAGUAACCAGCAGUGUCAACCUCGGUGUAUUCCUGGGUGCGAGUGUCCGCCUUCGAGGCCAUUUGUACACAACGGCCAGUGUGUUGACCAAUACAGCUGCCCCCUGGGUACUCCAGGACGUACAUCAUCCACCCAGGGUUCUCAAACAUGUAGCAAUGGCCAGUAUUAUACACUGUGUGCAUCUUCCUGUCCACCAACUUGCGAUGAUCCAAACAGAAACUGCGGUCUCAGCUGCAACCCGGGUUGUGCUUGCCCUACAGACAAACCAGUUCUCUAUAAUGGUCAAUGCAUAGCACUAGAGCAGUGUCCUGGUUAUAGUCAAACUAGUCAAACCAACAGCCAGUCUAGUUCUUCCACAGGUGUCGCCACGUCUGGCUCAUCUGGAGUUAUUCAGCCUGGAAUCUUCCAAGGUGGUAAUCUAGGUUUCACCAACAACCAAGGUAUCAGUACGACAAACCAAGGCUUCAACAAUAAUCAAGGCUUUAACAAUAAUCAAGCCACCGGCACAAGUCAAAGCUUAACCAAUAACCAAGGCUCGAUAAAUAACCAGGGCUUUAAUAACAACCAAGGCUUUAACGUGAAUUCAGGUAUAACCACAUCUGGAUCUACAGGCGUAAUACAAGGUACCAACCCAAACCAAGGUUUCAUCAAUAACCAAAGUACCAAUAUAAACCAAGGCUUUAUCAACAACCAAGGUACCAACACAAAUCAAGGCUUCAUCAACAACCAAGGUCCUAACACAAACCAAGGUCUCAAUAACCAAGGUAUCAACCCAAACCAAGGCUUUAAUAACCAAGGUAUCAACACAAACCAAGGUGGGAAAACAAACCAAAACCAAACCAGUUCCCAAGGAUUAAGAACCAGUGGUCAAGGCGCUAAUACAAAUCAAGUGCUGAACAGUAAUCUAGGCUUAAACAAUAACCUAGGUAUUAAUAACAUUCAAGGCUUCAACAAUAACCAAGGCACUCUGGGCACUAGUGGCGAUGACGCUAGCAAAAAUGAAAAUGCAGGAAAUAUUGGUUCCAUUGGAACUAUUAGCGACAAUUCUAUAACGUGUCCCGCUGGCCAGAUGUACGAUAGCUGUGCGACCAACUGUCACAAGACGUGCUACAGUCCUAACCCAGUCUGCCAAGUUACCGGGUGCGUGCCAGGCUGCGUCUGUCCGCUCGAUAGGCCCUUUGAAGAUGCUGGACAGUGUAAACCUGCCAUUGAGUGUCCUCUUGGAUCGGCUGGAAGAAACCAAGCUGGAAUUAGUGGAGUAGUUAACACAAAUACUAACAUAUUCUCGUCACUGUUGACAAACUUCAGAGGCCAGCAACAGCAGCAGCAGCAGCAAGGGGGCGUCUCAACAAACAGUGGUAUAACCUGCUUCAACGGCCAGAUCUAUACAAACACUGCGCCUGCAGUCACUCCCACUUGCGAUAAUCCAAGCCCGAAUUCUAACAAUAACAGGGCGCUCAAUCAAGGCUGCGCGUGCCCAAACCCCACCCCUAUCUUCCACAACAACAGGUGCAUAGCACAGGCAGAAUGCCCUCUGGGAACUUUGGGUAGAGCGUUGUCAGCCUUGACAAAUAUAGGGUCCAGCAGCACUUUCUCAAGCAGCACCACAAGUACUGGCAACAACGGUAAUUUGAUGAUGUCGCUACUCCAAGGAAUCCAAGGCCAACAAGGCUAAAGAUAUGCAAGAAGAGUUACCAAGGAACUGCAGUUCAUAACGUCUCGAGGGACUCAUCAAGUGGCCGAUGUUAAACCAACAACUGCCUCCAACUUUGCAGGAUAUUUUCAUGAAUCAGAUAAUUAAAAUCCUUAGAAUUCGAAAUACUGCAUGCGAUUUAAGUAGUUCGCAUAGGCAUUCCAUUGCUCGUUAAUUGAAGAAGGUUUAGUUUAGAAAUAAAUAUUUCAUUUUUGUAAACAAUGAAUAAUAAAAUAUCAGGAUUGACAAGUAUUUUGUGUGCGAAGAUCCGUAACGCCUACCUCUGCGAUUAUGCUUACCUGUUGUGUGAUGAUAUUUAUAUACUGGUACAUGUAUAUUGAGAAGAAAUAUAUUAGAAUCAAAGUGUUUGCUACAUGAGAUCAAUUCGGAGAAAAUUGUAUAAUAAUUUGAUGCAAACUUAUUUUUAUAAUCAUUUGUUGUAAGUGCUAGUGCAGUUUGUGGGUGUUACAUAAACAAACGUCUUUGCAAAACCAUGGACCAAAACCAUCGGCGCUUUUUGUAUUUGCUGAAUAAGGCACUGUAAAAUAAAAAAAAAAACAAUAAAAGUGGGAAUAUACACCAUCCCUAGAUAAUGACUUCUGUCUUUUCUACUCUCACUACAUAAACGCUGUGAAUGCUAAUGAUUUAUGUAAAACCUGAGAACAAAAAACUAUUUAGAAAUUGAUCAAUCCGGAGGAAGUCAGUUAUGAUAAUAACAAAAUAUUAUACACACUGACUUUAAUGUUACAUGUGUUAACUUAUUCGUUCCAAUGGCUAUUCUGAAAUAAGAGCCUUAUAUAUCUUUUAAUUUGAUUUACUAAAUCCUAAAUCUAUGCCACAACGUAUCGGUACACUGUACAUGUAUACCCUAAAGCGAUGUUUUGUGUGGGUAAAGUUCCCAUCUCUCUCC